CGAAUAUCUGCCCCCUAUUUUCUUCCUUUGCUCCCUCAAAAUUGUUCUUAUCAUCUUCCACAGUAAAGGCCAGACCACCCUUCAUCACUACUUUUUUUCCCUAUCCUAUUUUCAUUAUUCCAUUCCCACAUUACACACGCUACAUCAAAAUCAAUAACAAGAAUCUCUCUCCCUCCAAAUUUAACCAAUUAUAAAUAAAAUAUAUAAAUAUUCUUCUUCUUCUCAUUCUACAGAGAAUCGUAAAAAUAAAUCAUAAUUAAACUAGCCAAAAUGAGCCAGUGUGUUCCUAGUUGGGAUCUUGAUGAUAAUGUACCCAAGCUUUCUCUUCGAUCCAAUAACACCCCUGAUGUACCCAUAUUAGACUAUGAAGUAGCAGAGCUGACAUGGGCGAACGGCCAGUUAAGCAUGCACGGUCUAGGUCCGCCGCGCUUGCCUGCCAAAGCUGUGCCUCCGUCAAAAUACACAUGGGACAAGCCACGCGCCGGUGGUACUCUCGAAUCCAUUGUAAACCAAGCCACUCGUUUACCGCCGCCGCAGCAGCGCAAAAAUAACGGCCAUGAGAUUAUUAACUGUAACACUUGUGGAUCAGAGGAGGCUGUUCCAUGGUUCGAGCAACAGCGCCGUCGUGCCUCAGCUCCUAGUGCCAGCUCAGCUACUAUGACAAUGGACGCUUUGGUCCCUUGCUCGAACCGGACGAAUGAUCAUCACCGUACCCGUCAGGGACACGUGGUUGAAUCCGUGCAUGUAGGAAAUGGCGGCAACUGCGCGGGGUCUUGUAGCGUCGCCCCUACAACUGCCACACAAGAGGAGGAGGCUCGACUCCCAGCUAGGGCGGCGCGUGUAGAACAAAGUGUUAGUGGUAGCGCAACUUUUGGAAGAGACAGUCAGUUUAUAACGUUAGACACGUGUGAGAAGGAACUUGGUAUGGGAUUUACUUCUACUGCUUCGUUUGGAUCUCAUGAAAACACCAGCUACGGCCAACAGAUGACCAAAACUGUCACCGUCGAUGAGAAUGACUCCGUUUGUCACAGUAGAUCACAGGCACACAAAGAAACAGGUGAUGAAGAAGAGAAGAAGAAAUGUAAUGGGAAAUCGUCGGUGUCAACAAAAAGAAGUAGGGCGGCGGCUAUUCAUAAUCAAUCUGAACGUAAAAGGAGAGAUAAAAUUAACGAAAGGAUGAAGACACUGCAGAAGUUGGUCCCAAAUUCCAGCAAGACGGAUAAGGCCUCAAUGCUGGACGAAGUGAUAGAAUACCUAAAGCAAUUACAAGCACAAAUUAACAUGAUGAGCAGAAUGAAUAUGCAGCCGAUGAUGAUGCCGAUGCCUAUGCAACAGCAGCUGCAAAUGUCCAUGUUGGCUCCGAUGAGCAUGGGCAUGAAUCUAGCCGGAAUGGGAAUGGGAGUCAUGGACAUGAACCGUCCCAAUAUGGCUCCGGUUCUUCACCCGGCUGCUGCUUUCAUGGCGCCUAUGACUACGUGGGAUGGCUCCGGUGGGGGACAAGUCUCGUCUGCUCCGGUUAUGCCUGACCCGUUGGCUGCAUUCCUUGCAUGCCAGUCACAGCCUAUGACGAUGGAUGCUUACAGCAGAAUGGCAGCCUUAUACCACCAGCUACAACAGCAGCCACCAGCGUCUAACUCCAAGAGCUAGAAAUUAUUGAAGAAGCCGACGAGCCAUUGAUAAAAAAAAGCCAUUGAAUCCGAUAAAUUGCGGCUGUAAAUAUGUAAAUAAGUGUAUUUGCUGCGCAUUCAAUCGGAAUAUUCUGUUUUCAUAAUUAAUUUUUGUGUACUUUAUUUAGCUUUACAAAUUAGGCAAGAACAUGACUCAUUUGAUGCUCUUUUUUGGGUGCACAACUUGUGUAAGAUAUUUCUGUCUUUUCAUUAUUUCUGGCCAAGUUUUACUUUA